AUGGCUGGCUCCUCCCAGUUCCCAAAGGGCCUCCGCGUGCUUCUGGUGGACGACAUGCACAGCUGCUCCUCCAUCAGGACACAGCUGGAGUCCCCCAGCCUGCAAUACACGGUCACAUCGGUCUCUUCUGCCACGGAAGCCCUGGGCUACCUGCGCACGGGGGUGGCCGCCUUUGAUGUAGUUCUUGCAGAGUCCCGCAUCGUGGCCGCCGACGAGUCGGUGGGCCGCUGCUUUGUGGACGCGUUUGAGGAGACGCCGGUGGUGCUCAUGUCGGCUUGCGGCACGCCCGACGACGUCAUGCGCGCCGUUAAGCUGGGCGCCGUCGACUUCCUGGACAAGCCGCUGAGCCACCUGAAGCUGAAGAACAUCUGGCAGCACUCUGUGCGCAAGAUGAUGGCCAAGGCCGCCGGCCCGCGCGCCGCGGCGUGCGCGCCCGCGCCCGCGCCCUCCUCCUCCGCCGCCGCCGCCGCCGCGUUUGGCUCCUGGGCGGGGGCGCCCGCCUCGGCCGCCUCGCUGGCGCCCGAGUCCCCCGGCACCCCGUCGGCCAUGUCUGGAGACCCUCACGA